AUGGGACUUCUUGAUGAUGCGGACAAUCAAAAACAGCAAUUAUUACUCAAUGUCAACCCAAAUAACGAUGAAUAUCAUUCAACCCUCGGGCAAACAUCCACCACUACUUCUUAUGUGACUAAUGAAUAUGAACUUCUUACUGCGAAAUUAAGUGACAAUCAGAAUAUGCAAUUCAAAUUAAAUAACAACAUUUCUAUGCCAAGUGUACGUUACCAAGUUUUUGAUAAUUUUUCUCUAUCUCCGUUGGUUGAAUUAUUGGAAUAUGAUGAAAUAUUAGAAAAUUCGACGUCGAAUGAUUAUUUUUCUAAUCAACUUGUUCCAAUCAAUCAACAAACUCAACCACAGGAUUUUAAUGAUUUACAAUUAGUCAAUUAUAAGAAUUAUGUAUGUAAUAUUCUCGAAACUAACUUCGAUACUUUCAAUUAUUUUAAUUUUUACCCUGAUGAUGAAAAUCACCAAGAGGAUGAUGAUAAUAAUGUCAAUCAAUCGCAAAUUAUCCCCUCUAUUUUUGGUGAUUUUAACUACACAGACUAA